AUGGAUCAAAGAAUAAAACCCAAAAAUGGAUUUAAUUACAUAAAUGGAAGUAGUAAAUAUACUGAAAUGUUAAGAAAUGGUCAAAGUAAUGAUUGUUUAAAUACUGAUAAUAAUAUUCAUGAUAACAAUAAUAACUAUAUAGAUAAUCAUAUGGAUUUACCUCAAAACAGAAAAAGAACUUAUUAUGAAAGUAGGAGAAUUGGUGUUAGACCGAGAAAAAUUGAUAUUAAUGUCUAUGGAUGUAAUAGAAAUGUUAAUCAUGCUGGUAUGAAUAUAUCGAAAGUCAAUGUAAUGCCAGAAUAUGAAUAUGAAACACAAUAUGUUGCAUCCACAGAAAAACAAUUAGAUAAUACUAAUAUUGAUAGUAAUGGAUACUAUCAUAAAAGAUAUUAUGGUAAUAAUAACAAUAAUAUUAAUAUGCAUAUGAAUACCAAUAGUGGAAUAAUAACCAACUACGGGACAAAUUCCGGGUAUAAUAUAUUAAAUACUAGAAAUAAUAUGAAUAAUAAUAGUUAUGGUGGAGGAAGUAACAGCUAUUAUUAUAACUAUUACGAUGAUGUUAAGAAACGAAGAGAAGGAAGUAGUAGAAGUGGUAUAUUAAGAAGUAGAGGUACAGUAGUUACCGAAUAUAGAUCUUAUGAUUCUCGAGGAUCUUCAAUAACAUAUUACAAUUAUUCUAAUAAAAAAGUAAGACAUUCAGAAGAUUCAAUUGAUCAUUCACAAGGUAAUGAAUUAUCUAAAGAAUAUCGUAAUAGAAAUAAUAUAAAUUCAAAUAUUAAUACAAAUUCAGAUGAAAUAGAGCACUUUCAAUGGUAUGUUGGACAGUAUUUAACUUCAAGAUAUCGUAUAUUGGAUAUGAUAGGAGAAGGUACUUUUGGAAGAGUUUUUGAAUGCGAAGAUUUAAAAAGAAAAAGAAAAGUAGCAAUUAAAGUAAUAAGGGAUGUACAAAGAUAUACAUCAGCAGCAAAAAUAGAAGCAGAAAUCCUUAGAGAUAUUAAUAUGGAAGAUGAAUUUGGUGAAUAUUCUUAUUGUGUUAUGCUUUAUAAUGCAUUUUUAUAUAAUAACUCAAAUAUGUGUCUUGUAUUUGAGAGACUUGGACCAAGUUUAUAUGAUUUUUUAGAUGGUAAUUGUUCAAGAGGAUUUUUUCUUGCUGAUAUUCAAAACAUUGCGGAACAAUUUCUAUUGGCUUUAUCUUUUUUAAGAAAGAUUAAAUUAACUCAUACUGAUCUUAAACUUGAGAAUAUAUUGUUUACAGACAAUAAUUAUAUAUGGGUUAAUGCACCAAGACAUCCAGGUGCAUUAAUAAGACGACCUGUUAGACCUGAAAUUAGAUUAAUUGAUUUUGGAGCUGCUACUUAUGAACAUGAUUAUCAUGGAAGUGUUAUUAAUACAAGACAAUAUAGAGCUCCUGAGGUUAUUUUAGAUUUAGGAUGGGAUAUGUCAAGUGAUAUGUGGGGAUUUGGAUGUAUUUUAAUGGAACUUUAUACAGGUGUAUUAUUAUUUAAAACUCACGAACAUAUGGAACAUUUAGCAAUGGUUGAAAGAAUUAUUGAGCCAUUUCCUGAUUAUAUGCUUAAAAAAGCUUAUAAUAGUAGCAAGUCUGGUAGAAAGUAUGUAAAUAGAUUUAAGAUUAAUAAUAAUAUUGAUAAAUCAGAACAGUAUGAAUAUGGUAAGAAUAUAAAUAAUGGCAAUAAUUAUAAUUCCAUUGUUAAAGAAGAUUACGGAUAUAUUUUAAAUUGGCCAGAAGGAAGUUCUAGCAGCUCUUCAAUUAAGAGAGUUAAUGAUUGUAGACCUCUUGAGAGUCUUGUACACAAGAAGCAUAUAAUGUUAGCCAAAUUUAUUAGAUAUAUUUUGAGACCUGAUCCUAAUUUAAGACCUACCCCUGAAAUGGCACUUAGACACGAAUUUUUCAGAUAUAAAUUUGAAGAAGAAAUUUAA